CAAAUAUUAAGAUUAAGAUUUGUAUAGAAACAUGAAUUUACAGUGUGCUCCGAAAGUAGAGACUGAGGAUUACAUAAAUCCAAAAGGAAAAAACAAGAAGAAAAGUCCACAACGAGGUGCUAACUAUUUUUGUGAAUGAUAUAAUGCCAUGUUCUAAGACACCCCCAAAAUAUCAUCAAUUAUUAAAUGAAUCCAUAAAUGCACCAUGAAUAAUUAUAUGUUGACAUUCAACGAAAUGGGGCUAGCUAAAGCCCAAAGCCAGAGAAAAAUCGAGGCAGAGAACCUUCCAUCCCACACUAUAAAACAGCACCUUCACUCUCCAAUUUUCUCAUCACACUUAGCAAACUCAUUCAUAUCAAAUCUUCAUUUCUCUUCCAUUUCUCCAAAUUCCAAGAGGUAAUCAUGGGUGUGAUCACUUACGAUGUAGAGACCCCUUCCCCCAUCCCGGCCGGGAAGCUCUUCAAGGCCCUGGUGAUCGACUCCGACACCCUCAUCCCCAAGAUCUUGCCUCAGGCCAUCAAGAACGUCGAGAUCUUGGAAGGAGACGGCGGCGCCGGCACCGUCAAGAUCAUUCAUUUUGGCGAAGGGAGUCAGUAUAAGAGCGUCAAGCACCGUGUGGAGGCCAUCGACAAGGAGAACUUCACCUACACCUACACCAUCAAUGAAGGUGAUGUUCUCGCAGAUGUCAUUGAAUCCAUCACUUACCAUAUCAAGGUCGUCCCAACCGAAGAUGGAGGAAGCAUCUGCAAGAACAGGAGCAUCUACAACACCAAGGGUGAUGCUGUGAUUGAUGAGGAGAAGAUCAAGGAGGGGAAAGACAAGGCCCAACAUAUGUUCAAGGCCAUUGAGGCUUACAUCACCGCCAACCCCGACUACUGAAAGAGACGAGGCUUCAUAUAUCAAUGAUGUCAUUUUAUAUAUAUACGUGGUUUCUGAUAUGAGAUAAUUGGUGUGCGAGAGACUAUGUAUAGGCUUAAUUGCCUAGAGUGAUAUCGAUUUACUUUGUGUGAUUUUUGAAUUUGUGUUGAGUGAAUAUUAUUGUAUUGAAUUUGUGUUGCACUAAAUAAAGAAGCAUAGUUUUUUUUUUUUUUUGAAUUAAAAUAAAGAAGCAUAGUUAAUUGCAA